AUGGAGCGGGGACUGUCGGCGCGGCCCACGGCGAUGGCGCCGCUGCUGGAGUACGAGCGGCAGCUGGUGCUGGAGCUGCUGGACGCGGACGGGCUGGUGGUGUGCGCCCGCGGGCUCGGCGCCGACAGGCUCCUCUACCACUUCCUCCGGCUGCACUGCCACCCGGCCUGCCUGGUGCUGGUGCUCAACACGCAGCCGGCCGAGGAGGAGUAUUUUAUCAAUCAGCUGAAGAUAGAAGGGGUGGAACACCUCCCCCGCCGAGUGACCAAUGAGAUCGCCAGCAGCGGUCGCUAUGAGGUUUACACACAAGGAGGUGUGAUCUUUGCAACCAGUCGGAUACUCGUGGUUGAUUUUUUGACUGAUAGAAUCCCUUCAGAUUUAAUUACGGGCAUCUUGGUGUAUAGAGCUCACAGAAUAAUCGAGUCUUGUCAAGAAGCAUUCAUCUUGCGCCUCUUUCGCCAGAAAAACAAGCGUGGCUUCAUUAAAGCUUUCACGGACAACGCUGUUGCCUUCGAUACCGGUUUCUGUCACGUGGAGAGGGUGAUGAGGAACCUUUUCGUAAGGAAGCUCUAUCUGUGGCCCAGGUUCCAUGUAGCAGUAAACUCGUUUUUAGAGCAGCACAAACCUGAGGUCGUAGAAAUCCAUGUUUCUAUGACACCUGCCAUGCUUGCCAUACAGACUGCUAUACUGGACAUUUUAAAUGCAUGUCUAAAGGAGCUAAAAUGUCAUAACCCGUCGCUGGAAGUCGAAGAUUUGUCUUUAGAAAACGCUAUUGGAAAACCCUUUGACAAGACAAUCCGCCAUUAUCUGGAUCCUUUGUGGCACCAGCUUGGAGCCAAGACCAAAUCCUUGGUUCAGGAUUUGAAGAUAUUACGAACUUUACUGCAAUAUCUUUCUCAGUAUGAUUGCAUCACAUUUCUUAAUCUUCUGGAAUCCUUGAGAGCAACAGAGAAGGCUUUUGGUCAAAAUUCAGGUUGGCUGUUUCUUGACUCCAGCACCUCAAUGUUUGUAAAUGCUCGAGCAAGGGUUUAUCGUGUUCCGGAUUCCAAAAUGAGUAAAAAAGGCAAAAUGUCCGAAAAAGUGGAGAUUAAAGAAGAACAAGAAACAAAAAAGGAGCUGGUCCUAGAAAGCAACCCAAAGUGGGAAGCGCUGACUGAAGUACUGAAAGAAAUCGAAGCAGAAAAUUCGGAGAGUGAAGCCCUUGGUGGUCCAGGUCAAGUACUGAUUUGUGCAAGCGACGACCGAACGUGUUCCCAGCUUAGAGAGUACAUCACCAUGGGAGCAGAGGCCUUCUUGCUGAGACUCUACCGGAAAGCCUUCGAGAAGGACGGCAAAGCUGAAGAAGUGUGGGUGACUUUCAGAAAGGAGGACGGUGCAAAGAGAACUGGGAAAUCUAACAAGAGGCCCAAAGACCCCCAAAGCAAAGAAAGGGCUCCUGCCAAAGAGAGGGCUCUCAAAAAGAAAAAGCGGAAGUUAACGUUAACUCAGAUGAUGGAGAAACCCGAAGACCUUGAAGAGGAAGGGGACAGCAAAGAAGGAUACCCUAGAGACCUGUGCAGCAGCCCGGAGAGCUGCUUAGGAGACAUCCAGCACGAGGAGUUUGAUUUAAACUUGUCCUCGGAUGCCGCUUACGGGAUUCUGAAAGACCCCCUCACCAUCAUCCACCCACUUCUGGGUUGUAGCGACCCCUACGCUCUGACGAGGGUACUCCACGAAGUAGAGCCAAGAUACGUGGUUCUGUAUGACGCAGAGCUGACCUUCGUGCGUCAGCUCGAAAUUUACAGGGCGAGUAGGCCCGGGAAACCUCUCAGGGUUUACUUUCUCAUAUACGGAGGUUCGACCGAGGAACAGCGCUAUCUCACUGCUUUGCGGAAAGAAAAGGAAGCUUUUGAAAAACUUAUCAGGGAAAAGGCUAGCAUGGUUGUCCCGGAAGAAAGGGAAGGCAGAAGUGAAUCAAACCUGGAUCUGGUGAGAGGCUCUGUGUCCGCAGGGGAUCCCGCCGACACUCGGAAAGCAGGUGGCCAAGAACAGAAAAGUGUACAGCAAACUAUAGUGGUGGACAUGCGUGAGUUCCGAAGUGAACUCCCCUCUCUGAUCCAUCGUCGGGGCAUUGACAUUGAGCCGGUGACCUUAGAGGUCGGAGACUACAUUCUGACUCCGGAAAUGUGUGUGGAACGCAAGAGCAUCAGUGAUCUGAUCGGCUCUCUAAACAACGGCCGCCUCUACAGCCAGUGCGUCUCCAUGGCCCGCUACUACAGGCGGCCAGUGCUGCUGAUCGAGUUUGACCCCAGCAAGCCCUUCUCUCUCAUCGCCCGAGGUGCCUUCCAUCAGGAGAUCUCCAGCAACGACGUUAGCUCCAAGCUCACCCUGCUCACCCUGCACUUCCCCAAACUCCGGAUCCUCUGGUGCCCGUCCCCCCAUGCCACCGCCGAGCUGUUCGAGGAGCUGAAACAGAAUAAGCCGCAGCCCGAUGCGGCGACAGCCAUGGCCAUCACGGCAGAUUCUGGAACCCUCCCCGAGUCAGAAAAGUAUAACCCGGGACCCCAGGACUUCUUGUUGAAGAUGCCCGGGGUGAAUGCCAAAAACUGUCGCUCCUUGAUGAACCACGUGAAGAGCAUUGCGGAAUUGGCCAGCCUGUCAGAAGACAAGCUCGCUAGUGUCCUGGGGAACGCCGGGAAUGCGAAGCAGCUUUAUGACUUCAUUCACACCUCUUACGCAGAGAUCCUAUCUAAAGGGAAAGGGAAGAAAUGA